GGGAGCAGACACCACUCGUACUCCAGCUUCAUCGGCCCUGGCCUAGGCUCCUAGUCCUAGCUUCAAGAAAAACAUUCCGCUCCCCGUCAGCUGCCGAGCGCACACGGCUCUCCGAUCCCCUGCGCCCAAAAGAACCCGGUUCCUCGCUCGCUAGCUACGGCCAGCCAGCCGGCCAUGGGGGCCAGCGGCGGCGUGAUAGGACUACUGCUCGGCGCCGUCGCCGGCGGCGACGCGCGGGCGCCGUUCCCGUGGAAGCAGGUGUUGCUGUGCGCGGCGCUGGCGUGGUGCGCCGUGCGCGCGCUGGAGUGGGCGUGGUGGCGGCCGCGGCGGCUGGCCCGGGCGCUGCGGGCGCAGGGGCUCCGGGGUACGGCGUACCGCUCGCUCGCCGGGGACGCGCCGCUGACGGAGCGGCUGAACAGAGAGGCAAGGUCCCGGCCCAUGCCGCUGGGCUGCCACGACGUGGUGCCCCGGGCGAUGCCGCUAUUCCAUCAGACCAUGAAGGAGCACGGGAAAACGUCCAUCACCUGGUUCGGGCCGGUGCCAAGGGUGACCAUCACCAAGCCUGAGCUGGUGCGGGAGGUGCUGUCCAACAAGUUCGGCCACUUCGAGAAGAUCAAGUUCGGUAGGCUCCAGAGGUUGCUGCACAACGGCCUGGGCAGCCACGAGGGCGAGAAGUGGGCCAAGCACCGGAGGAUCGUCAACCCCGCGUUCCAUGUCGAGAAACUCAAGAGGAUGCUGCCGGCUUUCGCCGCGUGUUGCACGGAUCUGGUGAUGAGGUGGGAGGGUCUGGUUGCGGACGGACAGCCGUGCGAGGUGGAUGUGUGGCCUGAGAUGCAGAACCUGACAGGGGAUGUCAUCUCCCGGGCCGCGUUUGGCAGCAGCUACCUCGAAGGAAGGAGGAUCUUCCAGCUCCAGGGGGAGCAGGUCAAGCUCGUCGUCCAGGCCAUGCAGAAGCUUCACAUCCCUGGAUACUUGUACUUGCCAACAAGAACCAACCGAAGGAUGAAGCAGAUCGCUUCGGAGAUCGAAGCGCUCCUGAAGGGCAUCAUCGCCAAGAGGGAGAACGCGCUGAGAACCGGGAGCGCGACCAGCGACGAUCUCCUCGGCCUGCUGCUGGAGUCGAACAUGGAGCACUGCAGGGGAGACGGCGGCAACUCGAGGAGGGCCGGCAUCACCACCGACGACGUGAUCGGGGAGUGCAAGCUGUUCUACUUCGCCGGCAUGGAGACCACGUCGGUGCUGCUCACGUGGACGAUGAUCGUGCUCUCCAUGCACCCGGAGUGGCAGGACCGCGCCAGGGAGGAGGUGCUCCACGUCUUCGGCGAGAGGACUCCGGACUACGACGGCCUCAGCCGCCUCAGAAUCGGGACCAUGGUACUGUACGAGGUGCUGCGGCUGUACACGCCGCUGGCGGCGCUGCAGCGGCAGACGUACAAGCCCAUGGAGCUCGGCGGCGUCCGGUACCCGGCGGGGGUGAUGCUGAUGCUGCCGCUGCUGUGCGUCCACCACGACAAGGACGUGUGGGGCCCCGACGCGAGCGAGUUCAGGCCGCAGAGGUUCGCGGAGGGGAUAUCCAGGGCGUCCUUGGACGCGCCGGCCUUCUUCCCAUUCGGCUGGGGCCCGCGCACCUGCAUCGGCCAGAACUUCGCGCUGCUCGAGGCCAAGAUGGGGCUCGCCAUGAUCCUGCAGCGCUUCGCGUUCGAGCUCUCGCCGGCCUACACGCACGCGCCGUUCCCACUCGGCCUGCUGCAGCCGGAGCACGGCGCGCAGGUCAUGCUCAGGAGGCUCCCCUAAGCUGGGCUGUGCCUACACUAUUUGUACCUGAGUUUAUGGGGUUAGGUUAAUUGGUUACUUAUCUGCAUGUACAGCUUAAGUACGUACGUACCGGAUGCAAAUCAUGCAAAGAACUACACUUGCAAGACGUGCUUGUGAACAGUUAAUUGCCGUUAUGGCUUUGUAGUUACUGAUGAGAUAUCUCAAUUACUGGUUGACGCUGAUGGGUCAAUUAUUGCGGAUACCCAUAUAUGCAUGAUCCGCAUCAUGUAUAGUGCCGUAGUUUUGUUCCGAUGCUUUACUAUUUUUACUCGAACAUACAAGAGAUAUACCUUCGUUUCAAAUAGAAAUUUGUUGAGACCACGAUUUAUACAA